AUGUCGCGCGUUGUUAGGCAACUGAAGUUCUUGAAUAAGAUAUCUUCUACCACUAUCAAGCCCCAGAUCUUGCUAAACCCUGAAAGUUACGGCGCCUUGAACCUUACAUUUCAAUGGCAGAACCACAACGGCCAUAUGGGCGCGAGGAAGUUUUGGCAUGAGUAUCUACCAACUCUGCAAUUUUACAAUCCUGAACUCAAAAUAAAUAUUUCAAGAGUGAAGAAUGACAAGAAGGACGUUAUGGUGCCGUGCAAGCUCGAAAUUUUGUCUCCGACUGGCAGUGUUGUCGAGACCCUUGACAUGCGCGAUAAAGACAAAGAAAGCAUAAUGGAUGAGCUUCUGGCCAAGGUGAACCACGAAAGAGUCUCCUCAAAAGAAAUAGUCAAAGUUUGA